GCAGAUAACAAAACAUGGAGUAAAGAACGCAUAGAAAUUUGCAAGUAUUUUAUCCACUUCCUCCAUGAAUAAUAUGAAGGUCCUAUGCUAGGGUACGGGAGCCUUUGGUUGGUACAGAAACACCCCCAAUGCCUCCAAAACUUAACAUCUCCACCACCACCGCCCCUUAACCAUGACUGGACGAUGAACCCACCAUUCCAUUUCCCAGUCCCACAACCAUUCCAAAACCAGAACCAAACCCAAAACCCAGACCAACAACAAGUUCAAGAUAACAAACCCACCGCCGAUGAUCAUCAUCUUCAUAAGUCCAGGUUCGAAUGGGACUUCACUCUCUCCACGGUCGUCUCCUCCCCCACCUCCACCGGCGCCGUCUCCAACACUCUCGGAGUAAUCGAGUUCGACCCAUCGGAAACUGUUCUAGCCACCGGAGGCAUAGCCAGGAAGAUUAGAAUCUACAGCGUCAAGUCUCUCCUGCCGAGUCAUGAACAGCCUAAGGACGACGUCGUUUCGCUAGACCACGCUGCUGCAUGCGACUAUUACAUUUGCACCCCCGCCAAGCUCAGCAGCCUCCGCUGGCGGCCCGGGUCGAGCGGCCGGGUCCUCGGGUCUGGGGACUACGACGGCGUCGUCACGGAGUACGAUCUCGAGUCCCACCUCCCCAUCUUCGAGCGCGACGAGCACGGCGGGCGCCGGGUCUGGAGCCUCGACUACUCGGAUUCGGAUCCGGUUCUCGGGGCGUCCGGAUCCGACGACGGGACCCUUCAAAUGUGGGACCCGCGGUGCGAGGGCGGGGACUGUGUGGCUAGAGUGGCUCCUUCCGAAUCGGGUAACCCGGUCUGUUGCGUGGAGUUCAAUCCCUUCGGUGGGCCGCUCCUGGCCGUCGGAUGCGCUGACCGGAAAGCCUACGUCUACGAUGUGAGGAGAAUGGCGGGCCCGGUUUUGAGUUUUGACGGCCACGAUAAGACCGUGACGUACGUCAGGUUCCUUAACGGCCGUUCGAUGGUGUCAGCGGGAACAGACGGGUGUCUGAAGAUGUGGAGCGUGGAUGACGCGCGGGAAAUUCGGACGUAUUCGGGCCACACCAACAAUCGGAGCUUUGUCGGGUUGUCGGUUUGGAGAAACGGUGGGCUUCUCGGGUGCGGGUCGGAAAAUAAUCAGGUAUUUGUGUAUGAUGUUAGGUGGGGUGAGCCUGUUUGGGUGCAUGGGUUUGGACCAAUGGGAAGCGAGGGUUGUGAUGACCGUGGGUUUGUGAGCAGUGUGUGCUGGCGGCAGAUGGGCGGUGAGGAACAGUGCACCCUCAUGGCGGGUGGAUCCGAUGGGGUUUUGCAGCUUUUUGUGGGUAGAAGAAAGUCAUUAGCUUCGGAUUAGACGAUAAAAAUGGCUUAAUUCUAACCCAUUUUCCCUAAUUACUUCGAUAUUUGCCGAAAAAUACAAGAGAAUUUACAGACACCAUUUUGUUCGGAAUAAUUGAUGAGAUAUCUUUUAACCUAGAAUCUCUCUGCGGGUGUGCUCUAUUUACUGUUCGUUCGUACUCUCUUCUAUUAAUUGUUCUUGAAGCAAUAUUUCAUAAACGUGGACUGAUCAUAUGUUAAUUGCAUAGCAUAACUAAAAUCACAUGUAUUAGUUUGUUAUUGAUUUCUGUAGCCAUCUUCUUGACGUGUGUGUAUGUUAGUAGUAAGUUGGAGACGCUCACAUGGUGGUGUCGAACGUUUGGUAUAUAUAUGUACUUGCAUGAAAUUGAAUCACUACAUGGCUGCAAUUCAAUCCGUA